AUGACGUAUCAAGACCUUCCCUCCCGGCAAAAGUCCCAGCGGCUCAUCAACAGGCUCAAGACGCAGCAGAGCCAGCAACACUUCCAGCAGUACAAACUGCGGUCCAAAAACAUCACCAACAUCAACGAGCUCUUGCCAGGACUCAACGACAUCAGUGAUGCGUUCGAGGCGUUGCCGUUGGACUUGAUCAAGUACUCGACGUUGCUCAAGGAGAUCGACGCCAAGUGUAUCAACACGGUGCCGCAGAUCAACUACUUGAUUGAGAAGUACAUCGACACGUUGCACCAGCCAGCGCCCGAGGCAGACACCACAGCAGCCGCCGCUACAGGCAAAACAACAGCGCCAGCCAACGGGAACGCCAACGGAACAGCCAGCGGGACAACCAACGGAACAGCGAACGGAACAGCCAAAACUACAACACCGAACGUCACCAAGACGCCACCCACCCCCCACGACCUCGAGUACAAGCGCCUAGCGCUCAUCAAAGACAAGAUCAACGAAAUAAUCCCCUGCUUGGAGGAAAAGAUGCACGUCACCUCGGUGGCCACCGAGCUCCUCAACAAGCACAUGUUCCGCAUCAACAACGACUACAAGCUCAUCAUCAACAACAACGAGAUUCCCGAGAGCAUCCGCAUCGGGCCAUUGAACCACCCUGCCAUGAUCAUGGACUCUUCGUCCAGUGCCAUGGCGUCCAGCGCCGACCGCUCGGCCCAGUCCCAGCGUAGCGAGAGCAGGCGCGAGGCAUUGGCUGCAAAGAAAGCAGGCAAGGAGGAUGUGGCGGACGACAUUGGGGGUGCCAAAAAGAAGCGCACCAAAGAAAUGACUCCGUUGGAGGCGCCACGCAGCACCACUCACAGCGGCAGCGGUUCCAACGCAGCCAGCACCAAGAAGCGGCCCCGUAAGGAGGCCGGCGACGACAUCCCCCGUCCAGUGACUCCUGGUGCUAUUGGCGCCAGCGCAGGGACUGGCGCACUUGCCGCAAAGAAGAAGAGCAAGCCCAGACGCGACGACGACAUCAAGAGCAACAACACGUCCGAUGGUGAAGGCAGACAGGAGGGGCGUGUGCGUGGUGACACCCACCCCGGAGCAGGGGGGAAGUCGGGGUCAAGUGAGCCUACAUACUGUUACUGUAACCAGGUGUCGUUUGGCGAGAUGGUGGGGUGCGACGGCGACGAUUGCAAGCGCGAGUGGUUCCACUUGCCGUGUAUUGGGUUCAAGAACCCGCCCAAGGGCAAGUGGUACUGUGACGACUGUUUGGUGAAGAUGAAGAAAAUACGGAAAGUAUAG